GUCAAUCAUGGCGAAUUUCCUGCAUCUUCCAGCCGACGAGCCGGGCUUCUUCGAUCCAGCAUUGGAGUUUUCUCGCUACGUGUACCUGCUGAUCGGACAAGAUCCUGGAGCGAUCGAUGAGAAGAUCUCGGACCAGAAGGCCUUCGACUUGGCCUUGGAGAACUUGGACCAGAUUUUCUCUCAAGCUGGAGAGAAGGAGAAGGAGAAGGAGACAGUAGAGGGAGCGUUGAACGUAGUUUGCUGGCUGUUCCAGCGCGUCCUCGAGAACAACACAGCUCCUGCUGAAGCUGUCACGCUGGUCGACAAGUUCCUCCAGCGCCUCCGCAGCGAUGUCACCCUCCAUCCCACCCUUCGUCUGAAGACCAUGAGCACCAUCUACAACAUCCUGGGAGGAAACGGCACUGCCAGGUACAACACCUUCCUGGCCAUCGUGGAAUACGCGGCGGCGGCAGGGAAGGAACAUUUCGCCCUGGUCACGAGCCAGUUCGACCAGCUGGAGAGCAUGCUCGGGGAGUGGGGAACUGACAUUCAGAAGACGAGGGCGCUGUAUCAAGUGAUCUUCGACUCGAUGGCGAAGCAUGACAGCAGGGACAAGGCUCAUCAGUUCAGGAUCAAGUACCUCGAGUCGUUCCAGGGGGAGAGGAACCUUGAGGAGGCGAAGGUGCAGGCGAACAUCGCGGUGGUUGAGGCGAUUUCAGACCCCAAGAUCUACCAGUACGACACCUACCUGGAGCUCAAUGCCAUCCGGGCGCUCGAGAAUGAUUCGAAGCAUGGCAAGACCUUCACGCUGCUGCAGCUGUUCUCUCACGACAACUUGGAGGGGUUCAACAAGUUCUACGCGUCCAGCAGCUCUUACGUUGAAAGCCUAGGGUUGAAGAAGGAGGAAUGCAUUUUGAAGAUGAGACUCCUGACUCUCUGCUCGCUGGCUGCGAACUCCAAGGAGAUCGGAUACGCGGAGAUCGCUCAAAACCUUCAGGUGCAGGAGAGCGAGGUCGAGUCCUGGGCGAUCAAGGCGAUCACGGCGGAGCUCAUGGAUGCCAAGAUGGACCAGCUGAACAAGGUCCUGGUUAUCAAUCACUGCAAGGAUAGAAUCUUUUCUAAGGCGAAGUGGACCGAGUUGCGGUCGAAGCUUGUGGGGUGGAAGGAUAGGAUAAAGCAGCUCAUGAUGGUGCUGGAAAAUGCCAAGGUGCAGCAGCAGCAGCAGCAGAUGAUGCAAAUUCAGGCCCAAAUGCAAUCCAUGUAAAAAUUUGAUCGAAACUCUUCGUCGACGUGCACAAUCUUGUUGGUUUCUAGUAUUGUUUUGUUUUUUCUCGUAUUUUCUAAUAGAAGUACAACUAGUAAUG